AUGAACUCCUCCUCCUCCACUCAAUGUGUCGCGAUUUCCACUCACCCCGAUCCCACAAAUCACCCAGUGAUCGUCGCCAUUUUUGUCUUCAUCUAUCUCAACAUUUUCACCCUCGGUCUUAUUGGGAAUACGGCUGUCAUUUAUCUCACAUUGAAGCAUCGUCACUUACAAACGGUGCAAAACAUGUUCAUCCUGAAUCUGGCACUCUCCGAUGUGAUCGUUUGUCUUCUUUCGAUGCCAUUCACACUUGUCACGAACAUCUACAAAGUGUGGUAUUUCGGGUCGCCAUUCUGUCAUCUUCUACCAAUGGUGCAGGGAAUCUCGAUUUUCGUCUCCACAUUUUCUCUAUCAGCGAUUGCGCUUGAUCGCUACAAUUUGGUCGUUCGCCCUCACGCGCAUCCGCUGAAUACGAGAGGUGCUUGUCUUGUGGCAGCGAUUCUUUGGGUUGUUUCGGUUGUCGUUUGUCUUCCAUAUGGAUGGUACAUGGAAAUCCAAACAUAUCCCGGGAUUUGUGAAGAGUACUGUUCGGAGACUUGGCCAUCACCUGAUGUUAAACGUGGUUAUGCUCUUCUCGUUCUCACCACUCAAUUCCUUCUCCCAUUCGCCACAAUGGCCGUCUGUUACUAUACGAUAUUCUCUGUGUUGAAAGAGAGAUGUGCGGUGAAAUUGAAGAAAUUGACUGAGCGGAGUCAACUGUUGGAAACGAGUAUACCACAGGAACAAAUCGGUGACGGUAAUGAAAGCUUUGAGUAUCAACAACGAUUGACUGUUGUCAUGCAACAGAGAAGAACGACAACAAUUCUCGCAUCAAUGGUAUUACUCUUCGGUGGUACAUGGCUUCCAUAUAAUUUAUUCACUCUUCUUGUCGAUUAUGCUGAUACGGAUCUUUUUAUGAGAGAAACGAUCAAUUAUGAGUAUUUCUUCAGCCUUGUCACGCAUAGUUUUGCGAUGCUGACAAUCGUCGCGAAUCCGAUUCUCUAUGCGUGGCUGAAUCCAUCGUUUAAGGAAAUACUCAUGAAGACGAUACGCCGGAAGAAAUCGAACAGUGACAUGAAAUAUCGGACGAGUAUCAGCAAAUCGACCGUGAAAGCGUCGACGAUCAUUACAACCUCACAAGCAACUCCAUCAAUCACAACUCCGAACCGACGAUUAGAAGAUGGUUAUCAA